CGCGUCAAGCGACGCCAAGCGACGGACGUGGAUGUAUGUCACCGAGGAGCGGUGCGGAUCACCCCCAGGGUUCUUGCAGCUAGUGCGCUCGUGAGAGAGAGAGAGAAGGAGUGAGAUGUUCGGUGGCAAGGGGACGACAAUCGGAUGCUGGCUCGUGUGGUGUUGCAUCUUCCUGACAUACCACGUGGUCAGCGAGGCACCAGCAGCCGGCGUUAACGAUGUCCUGGUAUUUACCGUCGCCUCCAACGAGACGGAUGGCUUCCGAAGGUACCUGAGGUCGGCCGAGGUCUACGGAUUUAGCGAUAAAUUGAACAUCCUUGGCCUGGGAGAGACCUGGAAAGGCGGUAACGUUGUGAAAUAUUCCGGCGGUGGAUACAAAAUUAAUUUGUUCAAGAAAGCUCUAAAAGAUUAUCAGAAUGACGAGAAAAAGAUUGUCUUGUUCACCGAUAGUUACGACGUUAUAUUUCUCGGCGGUUUGCCCGCCAUCGUCGAGCGAUUCCUGGACACCGGCGCUCGAGUUUUAUUCUCCGCGGAGGGGUAUUGCUGGCCGGAUAAAUCCCUGGCGGCUGACUAUCCGCCCGUAUCGAGGGGCAAACGAUACCUGAACUCCGGUGGCUUCAUCGGUUAUGCGUCCGACUUGUACAAGAUCCUGGACACCGCGCCGAUCAAAGACGAGGACGAUGAUCAGUUGUUCUACACGACCGUGUAUCUACAGGAUGAACUUAGGUUACGGCACAAGAUUAAGCUGGAUCACAAAUCCGAAAUAUUUCAGAAUCUCCACGGUGCGGUAGCCGAUGUGGAGCUCAGGUUCAAGGGGGAGGAGGCUUAUCUUCAGAACAUCGUCUACAACACGGUGCCUCUGGUGCUUCACGGCAACGGGUUCAGCAAGCUGGUCUUAAAUUCCUUGGGCAAUUAUCUGGCCCACGCCUGGACGGCGAACGAGGGAUGUUUGGAGUGCUGGAACCGGACCAUCGAGCUCGACAAGACCAAACCGGCAACGCAUCCGGUUAUUUUAAUAGCCGUCUUCAUCGAGCGUCCCACGCCGUUCCUGGAAGAAUUCUUCCGAGCUAUCUAUCGUCAAUCCUAUCCGAAGUCAAGGCUACAUCUGUUCGUUUACAACAACGUGCCCUAUCACGAGGAUGUGGUGGACGAUUUCUUUGAAAAAAUUGGCCAGGAAUACCUGAGCGCGAAGCGGAUAUUGCCGAGCGACGGCGUCAGCGAGGUUGACGCGAGAAAGUUGGCAAUGGACCAUUGCUUGUUGAAGGAGUGUUCUGGAUACAUGUCGGUCGACGCAGUCGCGCAUCUGGACAACGAGCACACGUUGAAGUUACUGGUGGAGCAGCAGAGAGGUAUCGUCGCGCCCUUGCUCAUACGACCGUACAAAGCGUGGAGCAACUUCUGGGGCGCCAUAACGGACGACGGAUUUUACGCACGGAGCUUCGACUACAUGGAGAUAAUAAAAAACGAACGCAGGGGACUGUGGAACGUGCCGUUCGUCAGUAACUGCUACUUGAUCAACGCGACGAUCAUAGCGAACAAGGCGACCCGGCCGUCCUACGAGGAUGGCGACCUGGACACGGAGAUGGCGUUCGCCCAAGGAAACCGACAGCGAGGACUGUUCAUGUACGUCAGCAAUCGGCUCGAGUUCGGCCACCUCGUCGAUCCGGAUACCUACGACAUUCGGCUCACCUAUCCGGACAUGUACCAGAUCAUGGACAACAAGCUGGACUGGGAGAAAAGGUACAUUCAUCCGAAUUACAGCGAGAACUUCAACCCCGACAACAAGCCGAUACAGCCGUGCCCGGAUGUCUAUUGGUUUCCCAUUGUUAAUGUCAGGUUCACCAAGGAGCUCGUAGGGAUCGUUGAGACUUUCGGACAAUGGUCGGACGGAACUAAUCACGAUCCGCGAUUGUCGGGUGGCUACGAAAACGUGCCAACCCGCGACAUUCACAUGAACCAAGUUCAGUACGAAGAACAGUGGUUGUACUUCUUGAAAGAAUACGUUAGGCCGUUGCAGGAGCUCGUCUUCACCGGCUAUUAUCACGAUCCACCACGGUCCCUUAUGAAUUUCGUCGUGAGGUAUCGCCCGGAUGAGCAGCCAUCCUUGAGGCCGCAUCACGACUCUUCGACCUACACCAUCAAUAUCGCCCUGAAUCAAGCGGGAGUGGAUUACGAGGGCGGCGGAUGCAGGUUCAUCCGGUACAACUGCUCGGUCACCGACACGAAGCCAGGCUGGAUGCUGUUGCAUCCAGGACGACUGACGCACUAUCACGAGGGGUUGCGAGUAAUCGCGGGCACACGUUACAUCAUGAUCUCUUUCGUGGAUCCGUGAUAAAAUUUCACCGUGAAUCUAUAAAUUAUCGAACUUAUCGCCGUAUUGAAAAUGUACUGCCACCGUAUCGAGAACAAAUAUCAAAAGAAGAGAAAGAUAACGCACGGUAUCAAAGAGAAAUGUAACUCUACGUGGACGUGUUCAUUGUUAUUGUCGACUAGAAAUCGUCAAUUGCCACUGAUGGACUGAAUAGUGAAUUUAACAAGAAAUGUGAAAGCUGCUUAACCGAUGUAUUAUUUUUGUACUCCGACGUAAAUGCACGCCUAAUCGUGCUUUUCACAGUUAGCGAUAUUGCCAAUUUAUACAGAGAUGAUAAAAUUGGAACAUAUAUAAUAUAUAUAUAUAUAUAUAUAUAUUGUGCAAUAUUCGUUGACACCUCAAUUCGCAAGCUCUCUCAAAGUAUACAUAAACAGAUCAAUAAUAAAAUUUAUAAUAAUAAAUAUUAAA